UUCUGCUAGCAGACUAUAUUUUCCUAUCGACAUUUUUGUUUAUACUUCACACGCUUUACGUACAUAAUACGAAGUUGCACAGGCCUAAAGAAGGUGCAAAAGACAUGGCAGAUUCAGCUUUAGAAUUAGAAGAGAAAGUUGGUGCCAAGAUGGAAAAUCGAACAACAAAGUCUCAAGGACAUGCUUCCUCUAGUGAUGAUAAAAAGAUCACCCUGUUGUCACUCAAUGAUGAUGUUUUCCAAGAAAUACUCUCACAUUUGUCUUAUGAUGAAAUUGCUAAGCUGAGACUGGUUGGGCGUCACUUCAAUGAAGUGUGCCAAAAAAUUUUGAAUAAAGGCUUCUUAUCUGUUCAACGAUAUCACAAUCGUUGUCUCAAAGAGAUGAAAGCCAAGUUACCGAGAAGGGAAUCUGAGAGAAGAGCUCAUCCUCUUGCAAGGCAUAUUGAUGUCUUAACAGGCAUUGAAACACGCCUGUCUCUCUUGUCAAUGACAUAUUACAAAUAUACGGUGGUUGGAGUGUUCUGUUUCAUUCCAGGAAAAGUACUAGAUGAAUGCUACAGAGUGCUCAGGGAAGUUGUGGUGCACAAAAAUCCUCCAAAGUCAUACGAGCUGUUGCAAGAGCUCAGAGACAUUUCAUCCAUGGCCAUGGAGCAUUUCGAGGAACACAUUGUUCCCACCAUGAAGCGAAACCAGAUGAUCAACACCGCCAUCCGCAACAGUUCACCUCGUUUCAUUCGCUGCGUCGCCGAUGCCGACGACAGCGAUUCCGAGUCCACUUUGCCAUCUCCCUCGUCUUCUUCUAGUUGUCCACCGAUGGUCAACAUGGCCAGUAGAACUUUGAACAGUUUCGUCCGUUCUUCGUGCGCUAGUCCCAGCAGUAGCCCAAACUCCAGUCUUUCUUCCAGUAUCAAAAUCGAAUUGGUAGUUCAGCAAAAUCGCUUACUGAUCAACAGCCAGAAAAGGCAGAUCGUCGAUCUCAAAACUAAGGUGACUGAGAAUGGCAGGAAAAUUGCUGAACAAGACAGAAAAGCUUCUGAACAAGACAGAAAAAUUGCUGAACAAGACAGACUUCUCAGCGAGUACAGCAGAAAGCUUAUCCAGCUGGAACAGAAAAUCAGUAACAGUGAGGCUGUGGGCGUCCACGUUCAGCCGGUGGUAACUCCGCCUCCAAGUAGUCGCAAGCGCCAGAUGAAAGUUGAGAGGACCAUCACCGAAGGAAUUCCUACCGCCAAGCGCAUAAAAGUGGAGAAAACCACCGCCACCAAAGAAUCGCCGGUCGUCGUCAAGCGCAAAGUUCCCUCGUCUGCUCAGUCAAAGUCUGCUCCUCCGAUUGUGGUGCGCAAAACUAUUAGGUCCGCUCCGGUCGUCAAGCGUGAAAUUAUUCGGGCCAUCAAACGAGAAAAGUCUGCCGCCACAAAUUUCACCAUGGCACUGCGCAACCGGAAGAAUUAAAAAUUCAAACCGAAAUGGCGCCAAAAAAAAUAUUUUUUUUUUUUUCAUCGUGUGGUUAAUUUUCAAUUCGAUUUCACAACCUUUUCAGUUCUUUUUUUUUCUUUUGCGAAAUUUUUGGGAGUACGUAUCUAAUCCCCACCAAGUUCAUUUUCUGUUAGCGUUAUUUAAGGAUUUCUCCGUGAUCUGUUCGUCAAACAAAAUGUGUGUGUACAACGGAAUGUUGUACGUGUAAACCGAUCUAAACCUGAAACUUAGCGUCGUGGAAGAAAUAGAGUGUCGAAAAAUCAA